CACACCGGCAGCUCACAAAUGCCAAGUAAGGUAGGUGUCUGCAUGAGAAGGCUCUUGAUGUGAAAUGCUAUUCUAACUCCUGUUGACUUUCACCAUUUUAGUCUUCAUUCAAAAACGGCAAAUGGCAAGAGAUACUCUGCUUCAGUGGGUGCUAAACAUUUCAAUUAUGUCCCCAAUUCUUCCUUAGUGUGUGAAGCAUGACUGCUACCUUCGUGAUCUCCAUUCUUUUUGGCCUUGUGUGUGGACAGGUGAUGUCUUUUUGUGUUCCAACUGAGUAUACAAUGUACGUUGAUAGGAGAGAGUGUGCUUAUUGCCUAACCAUCAACACUACCAUCUGUGCUGGAUAUUGUAUGACACGGGAUAUCAACGGCAAGCUGUUUCUUCCCAAAUUUGCUCUCUCCCAGGACGUAUGCACAUAUGGAGACUUCAUCUAUAGGACUGUGGAAAUACCAGGGUGUCCACACCAUGUUGCUCCUUAUUUCUCUUAUCCUGUUGCUGUGAGUUGUAAGUGUGGCAGGUGUAACACCGACUAUAGUGAUUGCACACAUGACACCAUCAAGACAAACUACUGCAUCAAGCCUCAGAAGUCCUAUUUGAUGGGAUUGCCUGUCUGAUUUUAGUGAUGCAAUUUCCAAUUUGGUUCAAUGUGUUUGCCUGGGAUAAGCCAAAUAAAA